AUGUCGCUAACAGAUUGCGACAUUGCGUUGGAGCUGUGGGCCCAUCUCCCAGCCUUGAUAAAAAUCCAGGCCGAUAUACUCGUGGUUUAUUCGCGCUCGGUCAAAUGGGCCCAGUCCCUUGUCACUGCCGCCGCAGCUCUAGAUGCACCAACUUCGCGCAUCCAUGUCUACGCUGAAGAGCUGACCGCAGAGAACAAAGGGCUGUCGGCAUUACUCAAGCGCGAGCACAUUGAUGCAGUCAUUGUUUCCCUUCCAAUCCUCGUCCAGCCCGAAGUUGCUCGCCAGUGUCUAGCAGCUGGCAAGCACGUGCUGUGCGAAAAGCCCGUUGCUGAGAAUGUGCAGGAAGCGGUGCAGUUGAUUUCUGACUACGAAAAGGCCUUCCGUCCUCGCGAACUCAUGUUCUCAGUGGCCGAGCAGUUCCGCCACGAGCGUGCUUUCACCCGUACUCGCGAGCUAGUAGUCGUCGGCGGCCGCAUCGGCAAGCUAAAUCACCUCCAUGCCCGCGUUUGGGGGAACGCCUGGCCUGUUGAGAACUAG